CUCGUGCCGUUUCAAUUGACAAAAUCCUCUUCUCUUCUUAUUUUUCCUCUCGCCGAUCUGUGUGUUGCCGAGAGACUCUCCGUUGCUGAUCUUCAUCUCGCCGUCAAAAUUCGCCGUAUUCUCCCGUUGAUUCUGAAUUCUCCGUGUUCCCCUCCGUCCUUACUUUCUUGAAUCGCCGUCGCCGUCGUGUUCCAUUGAGUUUCGUCGGUCCUCUAGAGAAAUCGUGGAUGGAUCCGCAGACGCAGAACACUUCGUUGCAGCGACUCCAGAAUGUCGAGAAUAGAGUUGUAAAGGUUUUGGAACUAGCUGGAGGAGUGAUGGAAGAGCUCGCGAGCCCUUCUGGUCCCAAGAAAGAGUUCGUUAACAGCCAUUGCCGAGAGUUUAUGCAAUCUAUGAAGGAUAUUCAAGUGACACUAAGGGAAGAGAUCAAAAGCGCUUGCGAGUACCGUCCCUUUGAGAAAUGCGAUUACAACGCUGGAAUAGCUAAUGAGAUCUGCUUCCAGAAGCUUGAAUAUGUUCUCACGCAGCUUGAUGAUCUGAAACAAACUGCUGACCGGUAUACUUCAUCAGAUUGAGCUCGCAACUCUAUGCAGAUUUGCUCAUGUUUGUGGGAUUUUACAAGUUGUCUCUGUCUUCCUUGGUUUUGAUAUUCAUAAAAUUCUUACUUGAAGAAUUAUGUUAAACCAUUGUGCUAUAUAGUCUCUAGAUCAGUUGUAGGUUAUCCCACUAAAGUUUGUCUGGUUUUUUUUUAGCA